AUGAGCACACCUUCGGCCAGCCCUUGUGACUACACAACAUCCGCAGCCAUCAUGGUAUACACGGCAUCCUUUGCAUUCUUCGAGGCCCUCUGGGAAUAUGGCGUUACCAACGUCUUUGUCAACCUGGGCAGCGAUCAUCCAAGCAUCAUUGAGGCCAUCGUCAAAGGCCAGAAUGAAAAGAAGGGCCAAUUCCCCAAAAUCUUCACAUGUCCCAACGAAAUGGUUGCCCUCUCCAUGGCGGAUGGCUACGCGCGCCUGACAGGCAAGCCACAAUGUGUCAUCGUGCACGUAGAUGUCGGAACUCAGGGACUGGGUGCGGCUGUGCACAAUGCUUCAUGUGGACGCGCGCCUGUUCUCAUCUUUGCGGGCCUUUCACCCUUCACCAUCGAGGGAGAGAUGCGUGGAAGCCGCACCGAAUACAUCCACUGGAUCCAAGACGUGCCAGAUCAGAAGCAGAUCGUUGCACAGUACUGCAGGUAUACAGGUGAGAUCAAAUCUGGCAAGAAUGUCAAGCAAAUGGUCAACCGCGCCCUAUCCUUCGCUAUGAGCGACCCCAAGGGCCCCGUCUACCUUUAUGGCGCCCGAGAACCUAUGGAGGAGGACUUAACUCCCUACCAACUGCAACCUGAGUUCUGGUAUCCCGUUGAGCCCGCGGCACUACCUCCCAGUGGUGUGAAGACUGUUGCUGAGGCUCUCGCCAAUGCGCAAGAACCAUUAGUCAUUGUUGGCUAUACAGGUCGCAAGCACGCCGCUGUCCGCGAGUUGGUGGAACUCGCUAACAACGUCAAGGGCCUAAGGGUUUUGGAUACGGGAGGUAGCGAUAUGUGUUUCCCAGCAAAUCAUCCCGCAUGGCUUGGCCUUCGAUAUGGCAGUGAUCCCAGCAUCAAGUCGGCAGAUGUGAUUCUGGUCCUUGAUUGCGAUGUACCUUGGAUCAACACGCAAUGCCAUCCCAAGGAAACCGCCAAGAUCUUCCACAUCGAUGUUGACCCGUUGAAACAACAAAUGCCUGUCUUUUACUUGAACGCUCUCCAACGCUAUCGCGCAGAUGCGCACACAGCUCUCAGCCAACUCAACGGGUUUCUCCAAGCAAACCUUAAGGAGAAGCUUUCCAGUCAGCUCUUUUCACAGAGGUGGGCAGCCUUGCAGGAUUCACACAAGGAGAAACUCGAGACGAUUGCAAAGGAAGCCGUGGUCAACGAUAAGGGCCAUUUCGGCACUGCAUACCUUUGUGCACAACUCAAAAAACUGUGUCCCAACGACACAAUCUGGGCAGUAGAGGCAGUGACACAAACAGGCCUCGUUGCAGACCAGAUACAAGCCACACUACCUGGCUCUUGGAUCAAUUGUGGAGGUGGAGGCCUGGGAUGGAGCGGUGGCGGCGCGUUGGGUAUCAAACUUGCAACUGACAGAGAAGGCAUGAAGCAGUUUGUCUGCCAAAUAGUCGGAGAUGGUACCUAUCUAUUCUCCGUUCCAGGCUCCGUCUAUUGGAUUUCGCAACGCUACAACAUACCCAUCCUGACGAUUGUACUGAACAACAAGGGCUGGAAUGCCCCGCGAAGGUCGAUGUUGCUCGUCCAUCCGGAUGGAGAGGGCUCGAAAGUUAGCAACGAAGAGCUGAAUAUCAGUUUUGCACCAACACCAGAUUACUCGGGAAUUGCGAAGGCGGCUUCCGGAGGGGAGAUCUGGGCAGCACUUGUGAAUACGGCUGAUGAGCUGGCCAAGCUGCUGCCUGAGGCUAUCAAGUCUGUGUUGAACGGUAAAUCGGCAGUGCUCGAUGCCCAUCUGGAAGGACCUGAGGGCAAGUAUGGUGGAGGCAAAGCGGCACUGAUUGGCUGA